AUGCUAAUGUUAGGACAUCGUAGAUUAGAUAAAAAAAUUAUGAUAUCGUUAAAUGACUUUAUACGACAUUUAUUCAGAUCAAUGAAUAGAGCAGUAAUUAAAUCUCAAUUGAUCGAACAGCUCAAUAGUAAAAAAAUCAACAGUAAAACUUCUGCUAUUCGACUCACUCAAUUACCACCCAAACCAUUAAUUAUACAUACCGGUGAUGGACCAUAUUCAGGCCCAACAUUUAAUUGCAAAGUACUAAUACCUAUAAAUGAUGGUCGGCCUUCACCAACUAAUGAUAAUACAUGUCUUUUGAAACAACCUGGCAUUUCCGCUGAUGGCAGAUGCCGUUGUACAUAUGUGGUAUCGGAUCGUGACAGUGAUGGUUGCGCACUAGGAUUUUUGUUUACUUGCUUACCAAAAUAA